AGGUUUGUCAGUCAGGGGUCAGAGUCUACGUGGUGAGGUCUGGAACCACUAACCCGGUUGUACACUUAUCACCAUGGUUGGGACCCGUAGUGGGUUAGAGACUAGCCCCUAUAGUAAGGAGCAACAAGAAAAGAUGGCCUCCUUAGUCCAAGAGAAUAGGGAGAGGAAAGAACGUGAGAAGCAAGCGAAGCCGAAGGCUAUUGCAGACGAGCAGGCGGCGAAGAUGAAGCGGUUGGAGGAGGAGAUGAAGAGAGUACAACAAGAGGAGGAAGAAAGAAGAAAAGUUGCUGAAGCAGAAGCGGCAGCAGAAGAAGAGAAAGAGAGAAUGAGGAUUGAGAGUGGAGAAGGGAGCAGUGGUGGCACGAUGAAGUGGGAAACAGAUCUUGAGCUGGAGAAGAAGAUCAGCGAGUGGGUCGCUAAUUUAUCGUUGGGGGAAGACGAGGAGGCGGAGUCAUAUGUGACUAAGGAUGAGAAGGUUGCGCUGGCCGCUGAGCUAGCAGCCAUGACRGACCCRAUGGAACGAAGAGAGAGGGAAGACGAGCAAAAGUUAGCAUGGAAGYUGAGAAUGAAGAGGGAGAAGAAGAGGAGGAGAGAGGAAGUGAAUAARAUGRCMGCARMAGUGGCAAAGGUGCAGGAGUGUAGRGCGGAGGURCUGGCCCAGCYAGAUGAUAAGGCCAAGUGGGACAAGGUACUGGGCUACCUAGAGGUGUUGAGCAAGGCCUGGAUGGAGGAGCGCCAGGCAAGCUGGAGCCAGGAUGUAGCGUUGAGUGCCAUGCAGUCUGGUUUCAGGGAUUUUGCUCGCGAAAUCGUCACCCACAUUGGGGGCGAAGUCAAACAGUUGAGGGACAAUGUAGGGAAGUUUUGUGAGGGCGUCAUUCAGGGUGCCAAAGCUGCAACCGCUGUAAAAGGAGAGGCCAGACCCCGUAAGGACCCAGUGAAACUUAAGUUCCCAGAUGCGUACGGGGGAAAGAAGGAAGAAAACUUUGACAACUGGGAAGACAGUGUCUUGGAGAAGCUACGAGAGGCUAACUUUAAGAUCAACGCAAAGAAGUGUGAGUGGGCCAAGGCACAAGUUUUGUACUUGGGCCACGUGUUGGACGGAGAUGGCACCAAGCCAGAGGACAGCAAGAUAGCGGCGAUUAGAGACUCGCCGACGCCCCGCACAUUGACAGAGUUGCGGUCGUUCCUAGGCUUAGCUAACUACUAUAGGAAGUUCGUGAGGAACUUCUCCACUAUCGCCGCCCCCUUGCGCAAACUGCUAAAGAAAGAGGCAAUCUGGCAAUGGGACAAAGACUGUACGUCUGCGCUCAAGAAGUUAAAGCGCGCGUUAAUAGAAUCUCCCGUCCUCAAAGUAGCCGAUCCGUCCUUGCCAUUUCUCGUUACCACGCACGCAAGCCAGUAUGGGAUAGGCGCCGUGUUGCAGCAAGACGACGGUAAUGGCUAUAGACCCGUAGAGUUCAUGUCAGCGAGGAUGCCCUGUGAGAAGGUUGCUACCUCCACGUACGAGAGAGAACUCUACGCUCUCAAGCAAGCUUUAGACCAUUGGAAGCAUUAUCUGCUUGGGAGUCACUUCAAAGUGUAUUCUGACCACGAGACACUUCGUUGGUUAAAGACACAGGCCAAGAUGACACCUAAGUUGACUAGGUGGGCCGCAGAGAUAGACCAAUUCGAUUUUGAGCUCAAACCAGUGAAAGGCGAAUACAACGUAGUCGAGGAUGCUCUAAGUGUUUUCAAUGGGCCGGACACAAUCAGUAGCACGGUGGCCGCCAUCAAGACGGACAUCACCAAGCUGCAGACGAGACCGGACGCCGCUACAAAGACUUACAAGAUGCGGCACUUCGACAUCAGCAAGUUCGACGACUACAAGAAGUCGGACGCCUUGACAUGGUGGCAACGUUUCCUCACGGAAGCAUCAUGCCGCACGGUCCCGGCAGACGACAUGAUGAAGGCACUCUACUUGCAACGAAUUGGAGGAGCGCAGGCUUGGAUGAACCAUCUGGCGGCUACCAACAAAUGCACCAUCGCCGAACUCCACACGCACAUCACGUGGAAAGAGUUCGAGAAGCUAUGGUUCAUCCGGUUCAUGGUCCGCAACGUCGUGAAGGCGGYCAUGAACGAGGUGUACACCUGCUCUCAAGGAAAUAUGCCAACUCGAGACUGGACAACCAAGUGGCAGAAGAUAGUGACCACGCCAGGAUUUGAUUUGAGUUUUCCAAAUCAACGAUCCAAGUUCUUCUCGCGAUCGUGCGCGGGACUGCGGUCGGCACUCGGCAACGAGUACGACUAUGACACGUUCCAGGCCAUUCUGGAUCGUGCGAACUUAGUCAUCCAAACGGAUGACAAGGCUGCAAAUGAACGGCAGUCCCAGCCGCAUUAUGUGGCUAAGCAGGGCUAUCAACGUCCGGCACAUAACAAUGUCGUGAUUUAUGAAGAAACAGACGAUCUCCACGCUGCAGCAGCAUCCUCGAGUGAUGGAGGAAUUGUAGCAGCGCUCCCGCCGAAGCGUCCCAAGAGAGUUCGGAAGAACAAGGCGACACAAGAGACAGCAUCGACGGGAACUGGGCAGCAACCAUGGACGGCUUACAAGAUAACCAAGGAUGUCUAUGACCUUGGUCAAAAGUACGGAUACUGCCUCUGGUGCAACGGCGUCACUCAUGUGACCGCACAAUGCCCCGAAAAGAGCAAGGCACGCGCUGCCGACGUAGACGUCCCUUGCUCUCCCGCUUCCAUCCGGAAGUACCGGGACUUGCUAAUCAAAGCCCGCGCAAAUAUGCAAAAGGCUCAGAUCCGCAUGCAGCAGCAGGCUAACCGACGUCGACUUCCAUGUCCUUUCCGGGAGGGAGACCUUGUUUGGGUCCUCUCCGAGGAAUUUGCGCUCGAGCAGGAUGUUUCGCGCAAACUCCUUCCGAAAUGGUUCGGACCAUGGGAAGUCACUUCUGCCGUUGGAGACAAUCCCGCAGGUCCUUCCUUCGUGAUCAACAUUCCACCGCACCUGAUAGUGCAUCGGGUCUUCCACGCAUCGAAGCUGGCCAUCUACAUGCCACCUUCAAAUGACGAGUUUCCCGGACGUCGAUCACAUGAUCCACCCUCCAUGGACGGACAUCAGGAAGUGGACCGAGUCAUCACGCACCGCAAGUAUGGCAACAAGCCAAUGCAGUACAAAGUCACAUUCAAGCAAUGUGCGCCUGAYGACACUCGGUGGAUCUCCAGUACAGAUUUGCAGACUUCUGCACCCCUUAUCUUCACCGACUAUGGGAAGCGACGCCUUGCUAAGGACGCAGCUCGUCCCACCCGACCCAUCCCGUGGUGGGGCAAGAACGGUGGGCGGGUCCCGCUGCGACCCGACAAGGAAAAACAUGACACGGAGGUGCUGCUGGGAGAGGCGCUUGCAGGGACGGCGAAAAAGGUGGAAGACGCCUAUGCGACAGACACAGUGAGGGUGGCUUUCUGGGGAGCACUGUGGGCAAUGUGGAAUCACCAACUGAUGACGGGUAUCCCCGCCUCGUUCCGAACUCUUAGGGCCUGGACAAUCAAGAACAUCAAGACGGCGGUGUCCGCGGAUGUGCGGAAACGAAGAUCUGGCGGUUGGAAAACUUUUGCGGCGGUUUGGAAACCAUUCCCGGACUUCCUCGCGACUGGGGAGAACCCCGGGGAAUGGCAAUGGGAAGGGCUUAUGUGAAUGGGAGAACAAACGGAACAGCUAGGGGAAGACGAAUGAAGAAAGAGGGAUUAGAUUAGAAACAGCAGGUCUGGGCAUACACACAGGAUGCAAGAUUGAUGUAGAAAUAGGAAAAUGGCUGGGGCAAAGCCAAAAGGAAAAGCUCAGGGGAAGGGUAGGGCAAAGCCAAGAAUAGAUGGGGCAUGUGUGUGUGUGUGUAAAAAAAAAAAAAAGAAACUGCGAAUGGCCCAAUAAAUCAGUUAUCAUUUAUUUGGUCUCCUUACCACUCGGAUAACCGUGGUAAUUCUAGAGCUAAUACGUGCAGCAUAUCCCGACUUCUGGAAGGGAUGUAUUUAUUGGAUAAAAGGCCGAUCCGGGCUUGCCCGUUGUUGCGGCGAAUCAUGGUGACUUGUCGAAUCGCAUGGCCUUUGAGCCGGCGAUGUUCCAUUCAAAUUUCUGCCCUAUCAACUUUCGAUGGUAGGAUAGAGGCCUACCAUGGUGGUAACGGGUGACGGAGAAUUAGGGUUCGAUUCCGGAGAGCGAGCAUGAGAGAUGGCUACCACAUCCAAGGAAGGCAGCAUGCGCGUAAAUUACCCAAUCCUGACAUAGGGAGGUAGUGACAAUAAAUAACAAUACUGGGCUCUUUCGAGUCCCGUAAUUGGAAUGAGAACAGUCGUCAACUCCUUGAAUGAGGAUCCAUUGGAGGGCAAGUCUGGUGCCAGCAGCCGCGGUAAUUCCAGCUCCAAUAGCGUAUAUUUAAGUUGUUGCAGUUAAAAAGCUCGUAGUUGGAUUUUGGGUGGGAGGGGUUGGUCCGCUCUUGCGGGCGUGUACCGGCCCUUUCGCCUUUCUUGUCGGGUAUGCGUUCCUUGCCUUUAUUGGCUGGGAUCCAGAGCCGGCGCUGUUACUUUGAAAAAAUUAGAGUGUUCAAAGCAGGCCUGUGCUCUGAACAUAUUAGCAUGGAAUAACGCGAUCAUAGGACUCUG